AGUGGUGCACCUCAUUAGUUCGAGCAAUAUGGUUGGAGGGGUUAGCGUACCAAGGCUCCACAACACUUUCACAGCACGCUCUCCAGCAAAUCCAUGAAGCUUAUUCAGUUGGAAUAGAGUCACCUGUGCGUUAGGAACUGCCAGAAGGACGUAUGUUACAUGUAGCCCCAGGACUAGGACCGGUGACAAUGUGUUGACCUCUUCACGCCUACGGUUUUGCAAGUGCUUUAAUGUUAAAAGACAAUGUUUAAGUGCAAUGUUCGGUCAACUUCAACGUGAUGUUGGUUAAUGUUCAUGGGCCCUAGUUCCCGAAUUGGAAAUAAUCAGGACUACCCAUUGGAAUGUUGUCAACAACAGAAGUUACUUACAACACCAACGCAAAGUGCUGACGUAAGCACACAACUUCACGCUGCCUACUUUCUCAACACUUGUACCUUCACAAGAGAGCUAUUGGGCCAUCGUCUCAUGAAGAAUUGUGUAAUUUCUCCGUCUACCGCAGCCAGUCUGUAAGUAAGGAGAGUUUAGCCUUCUGGCGACAGGAUUGAGACAAUCAGUGACGGAUGUGGUCCUCAUCCAAAUGGGAAAUAUGUGUACAAAGUCAGUUCUUGUCUCUUAUGCUGAGCUUCUAUGACUUGUCUCAAGAACGUGAGAGGUGUGUGCGUCAGUCUUGGCCAAUGAAAGCAGAAUAACGUCCACUUGGGCAAAAUAAUAUCAAGCUUUCGUUUGAAUACAUUCUUGUGUUGACAGUUUAAAGGUGCAUCCGGGGAAGGACGUCUUUGAGAAGCCGGUUUGCGUUAAUGUGAAUUCCAUUUGUGUCGACACAUAAUAGCUGUGGGCCAUUAUUGGUCUCGAAAUUGGAUGACACUGCGGCUUUGGUUUGCGAUCAGUUAUCCCAUGGUUAACUGUGAUAUACAGUUGCAAUAACCCCAAUGUCAAACCGGGCCAUAAACCAAGGCAAUUUGUGCAAAAGAAUUGUGUAUCUUCACUGGUGUGUUAAUCUUUUGUUCUAGGAAGGCAUUUCAGAUAGAUGCUUAGCUUGUUGGCAUUGUAAAGAGUAUUUACGAUGUCUGUGAUCGGUAGUGUGUCCGUUGUGCUCAACAUGAGCAACGGCAGUGAUGUCGUGAGCAAUUUCUCCCUCGACGACUAUCUCCUUACCAACCUUGGCUCGAAAAACAUGGGAAGCACAGCAGGCGUACUCCUCACUAUCAUCUACAGCCUCAUCUUUAUCUCUGGUACCAUCGGCAACGUUUGCACGUGUGUCGUCAUCGCCCGCAACUCCUACAUGCAGACGACGACGAACUACUACCUCUUCAGUCUAGCGGUGUCGGACCUCUUGCUACUGCUGUUUGGCUUACCGCCGGAGUUGUACGCCAUAUGGGAGUCGUAUCCAUGGAGAUUUGGGGCAGCCUUCUGUAUACUACGUCACUCAGUUAUGGAGAUGACGUCAUAUGCGUCGGUCCUGACAAUCACAGCCUUCACCGUGGAGCGUUACGUGGCCAUUUGCCGUCCUCUUCAGGCACACCGUAUGGCGGGUCUGUCCCGAUGUCUCCGGAUUAUCAUCUCCAUCUGGGUUGUCUCCAUCCUCGUGGCCCUCCCUUUCUCCAUCCACACCCGCGUGUUCCACGAGCUGCACCACCCCAUCACGAAAGAACCUAUCCCAGAAUCCCUCAUCUGCAACAUCCGGAUUGAGUGGCGGGAAAGGAUGACGUACAUGUUCCAGAUCUCCACCUUCCUGUUCUUCGUCACCCCCGUCGCCGUCAUCAUCUGCCUCUACAUCCUCAUCGGCAUCGCGCUCAGGAGGUCCCACCUCGGGCGAGGUCCGUCGGAUGAAAUAAAGUGUAGCAGCAACAAAAACAAGCCCCCAUCCCAGUCGAGGAGAGUGGUGAUUCGUAUGUUAGUUGCUGUUACAGUAGCCUUCAUCCUGUGCUGGGCGCCCUUCCAUGCCCAGAGACUGAUGGUUCUGUACGUGUCCACGUGGACCCCGUUACUGAUGAACGUGCAGAGCACGCUAUUCUAUAUAUCAGGUGUCUUGUACUUCGUCAGCUCCACCGUCAACCCCAUCCUGUACAACGUCAUCUCGCGACGUUACAGAGGCGCCUUUAAGGAAACCAUCUGUUUCUGCUGUUACAAGGCUGGUGCGUCUUCCUACACCAGCAGUGUAUUCAAAGGCAACCUGGACAAACCACUCAAACAACCAAUGGUGGUUGUCAAAGCUGACGGUGAUAAACUCCAGCCCACAUACCACGACCAUAAUGCUUUGCUGCAUCCGGUUGCGAACGGCAAUGUGCCAGAGUCGUUGAAGACACGGCUUAUUGACGAGAAUUUUGACAGAAAAAUAAACGAUGCCGAUUUCCACUACGUUAAAAACGUGAACUCCUGUGUUGCUUGCGAUACUUCUGUGAAUGGAUAUCAUUCGCCUUGCAGAGCCGCUUUGCUGAAAAACGGAUUUUGUGAUGUGAGUCGUUCGUCGUUGAACUGUGUUCUAUUGAAACACGGAACCGUGUUGUGAAAUCUAUUAUUCAACACUCUCAGAAUAUGCACUGGUGUAUAAUUCUGAAAAUAAAUGGAAUUAACCUGAAAA